AGUUUGGGUGUCCUGCUGGCCACAGAGCCUGCUGCUUGCAGCGUGAGCAGCUCCAGCAGAGGUGGCACCGCCCUGCAGGAGCAGCCCCGCGGAGGCCGCGCUGCGGGACGACCCGGCCCUGGAGGAUCCUGGAGGAUCCUGACACACGGACACACGGACGACAGGGACCAGCUUCUCUAACCGCAUAUUCCACCCCUUCGAGGGGAAGCAUGACUGUUUGAUCCGACGCCGCCACACAGGAGACCCUGCAGGACAGCUGCUCUAAACCCAAUGGUCAAGGAUGGGAAGAAUCAAGGCAAGAGUUUUCUUCAUGGUGGGAGCCCUCUUCCUGCUGGUCAUGCAUCUUUUUAAACUUUCAGUUGAUCAGAAGACUGUACAUCUUCAGUUAAAGACAGAGGUUCGGGACCAAAUACAGGUCCCCAAUAAAAGUAACUCUUAUUUAUACAAUUGGCCAAAAUGUCAGAAAAAUAGCAGUGCUGCCAAUAUCAGUGGCUUCCAAAGCCUUCCUAAAAACAUCCAAGAAUUUCUUUAUUAUCGGCACUGUCGUCAUUAUCCCAUGCUACUGGACACCCCUGAUAAAUGUGGUGGAGCUGGACAGUCCGGAGACGUCUUCCUCCUGCUGGUGGUUAAAAGCUCCCCGGGGAACUACGACCGCCGAGAGGUGCUGCGCAAAACCUGGGCUGCAGAGAGGUUGCACAACGGCGUGUGGAUUCGGAGGGUCUUCAUCUCAGGAACUUCGGGUGCUGGUUUUGAGAAGGAACGAUUGAACAAACUGCUUGAGAUGGAGCAACGCGAGUACAGUGACAUUCUCCAGUGGGACUUCAGCGACACGUUUUACAAUCUUACCUUGAAGCAGAUACUCUUCUUGGAGUGGAUGGAAAGAAACUGUCCGAAAGCUCGCUUCCUACUUAACGGCGACGACGAUGUUUUUGCACACACAGACAACAUGGUUACGUAUCUCCAAAGUCUUACAGACAAUAAUGGGAACAAGCAUCUCUACACCGGCCAUCUGAUUCAGAAUGUGGGUCCCAUCAGAUCACCAAGGAGCAAGUACUUCAUCCCAGUUCAAGUGCAGGAGUCGGCAUCUUACCCCCCUUACUGUGGUGGCGGGGGCUUUCUGCUGUCUGGCUACACAGCAAUGGUUAUAUAUCGCAUGUCAAAAUCCAUAACCAUUCUCCCAAUUGAUGACGUUUACUUGGGGAUGUGUCUGGCCAAAGCGGGACUUAGUCCUGCCUCCCAUAUGGGUGUGAAGACAGCAGGACUGCACAUACCUGGCUCAAAAAUAGAUGAAUACAGUCCUUGCUAUUAUAAAGAUAUUUUACUGGUACACAGAUUUCUUUCUGGUCAUUUAUAUCUGAUGUGGCACAGAGUUAAGGACCCACAUUUAAAAUGUGGUGAAAUCUGAAAUGUUUGCAUUACCCCUUAGAUUUGCACAAAACCCAAAUAUUGCUGUAAUGGAAAUGCCUCCAAAGCCCCUUUCACAUAGAACGCGCAAAGCGGCGGCCGCCGCUGGCGUUCCCAUUCAUUGUGUAUGUGGUACCGCCGCGCAAGAACGGUCCGCUCUGCCGCCGAGCUUGGCGGCGAGCAAGAUGGCGCAUGCCGCAGCGUUGCACCGCGCCGGCCUGCGCCCAAAUUUAACAUUUUUUUAUUUCACCGUGCCGCGCUGUGACGACAUCUCGGCACGUCCAAUAGGAGAGAAGGUGGUGGAGGGUAAAAGAAAACUUGCAGGUUGUAGAUCAGAGACGAUCAACAUGGAGGAAAACAUUAUCUUGGCUGUGAGUCUGUGUGAGGAGCUGUGGGAUGAGACUGCAGGCCUAUCGUGACCUCAAUAAAAAGGGACAAAAGUGGAGUGAAAUCUCCCAGAAUUUGGACAUACCAGGUGUGUUUAAAAGUGGUAUGAGCCUGUAUUCGUCUCCUCCUCCUCCUCCUCCUCCUCCUCCUCCUCCUCAGAAGAAGAAGAAGAAGAAGAACUAAAGCCAGUGCUUUUCUUUGAAGGAAGGACAGACACAUUUUUCAAACCGAGGUGUAUGCUACUGUACGUCCAAACGAGUGGGAAAAGGGCGCCUAGUAACUUGCAGCAAAUAUGUGCGCAAUGCCUUGCUCUGCACCAGCUCUGCGCCAGCUCUGCGCCAGCUCUGCGCCAGCUCUGCGCCAGCUCUGCGCCAGCUCUGCGCCGGUUCUGCGCAGACCCGGCGGUGUGCGCGGCGCAAACCGCGUUCUAUGUGAAAGCAGCUUCAUUCGAAAAAAACUCCCAAAUACCACUGAAACCUUUUUAUGCUUCCAUGAGGUGGUGUUUUCAAGUGAUUCGAUAAUCCAGUUUAUUACAAAAAUGUAAUGGAAAAGUUUUUUGCACAUUUCCACGUCUCUGGCAGCGCUGGAUGUGACGUAGCCAGUACAUCUAAAGUCGUCAAAAUCUAGUUUCCGGCUGUUUUUGGCUUCAUUAAUACGAUGAAGUUGUGCUAUAACAGUACUUAAUCAUUAUGCAUUACUGUAUCACGUAAGGACUUUACUUCUGAAUGAUCAUCCGCUGCUUCAUUUUCUCAUUAGUGGUAGCAGCAGUGGCAGUAACUUCUCACACACACGAGAUGUUUUUGUCCAUCUUUUCCAUUGAGGAGAAGUCUAACAGGAAGAGAUAUGAGUUACGAGAAUUACGCUUAUUCAAAAAAUUCGGUUCAAUGGAAAUCCCCCCUGCUGCGCUGCGUUAAUCCAAAUUCAGAGUUUCAAUUUUCUUUUGCAAAUAAGUGUUAUGAUUGAAUCAUCUCAAAUGGAUGUAGACUAAAUCAGUCAUUGUGAUUAUUUUUGAAUUAUUAAAUAGAUAAACAGUUUUUGUUUGGUGAAAUUUAACACCAUCACUUGUUUUCUGGCGAGAAGGCAGCUUUUGAAAAUCUAGACACACUCCACUGGCAUUAGCGAAUAAUGACUGGUGCCUUGGUCUUAUUAACAUAUGAGGUGGUCAUAAGUCAUAUCUCUCCCUUCCCUCAAAUGUAAAUGUGAGGGAAAUGUAAAAAAGAGCUGUUUUGUUAGAUCUAGUUUGCUAAAAGUGAUUAGUUAAGGGACACGUGCUUGUUGAUAAUAGUGGGAUUAUGUUAUAGUAUCUGUCUUGAGCCUAAAGAGGAAAAUGUUUUUGCACAAAGUUUGCUCUUAUACAGCUCAGAGGAUAACAUGUUGAUUCUCAUUUUAGCCUCAGUUGAGACUGAGACUCAGUUUUGUCUUCUAUAUUUCUCCUAAAAUAUAGACAAACUUUUAGAAAACUUUUAGAAAUCUCCCUGCAGUCCAAAAACAUGUAAUUCAGGUUAAUUGAUCCUAGAUCUUCCAAUGCAGUGUUUGUUGUUGGCUGUCCAAUUGUAGCCCUGAGAUGGACUUUUGAACCAUCCAUAGUGUUGCCUUUCACCUGAAGACAGCUGCGAUGGACUCCUGCAGAUCCCUGUGACCUAAAAUAGGAAUUAGCAGGCAUAAAUAAAGGAGGGAUGGAAAGAUUGAUGGAUUAAUCUUAGUAUAUCCAUAUACUGAUGUGUCUAGGGAAGCUAUUUGACAAUUUCACAAUCAUGUAUGCAGUUUAUUCAAAUAAGAGGUAUGUACUCUCACUCACACUAUACUUGUGUGAUCACAGAUUUUAUUUCAAAAUAGUUAAGAUUCAUAGUAAACAGGGUCACGGGGGUAAUGUAUGUUUUUGCAUGUUUUUUUUUUGUCUAUGGGAGGAAGCAGGAGUACCUGGAGAAAAUGUACACAAGCUCAAGAAGAGUCCGUAUUCUACACCCAAAAAGAAUCAAGAACCUUCAUGCUGUGAUGAAAUAGUAUGCUACUGUGCUGCCCGACUCUGGGUAAUUUAAGCGGGUAUCAAAAAUUAAUAGAUUUAUAAUUUAGUGCUUGUAUAUUCAUCUUUUGGAUAUUUGUAUGAUUUGGGGCGAAUUAAACUUAACUCUCUGCAAUCAGGAUAAUCUGCAGUGUGAGAUCCAUAAUUUGAAUUGAAAAUGAGAGAAACUGAGUUAAUAGAGACAGUUCUCUGGGUUUUCAGCCUGAGAUAUGAAACCUUUGAGAAAGUUAAGAAAAUGGGAUAUGUAAGAUAAGAUAAGAUAAGAUAAUUAAAUUAAAUUAAAUUAAAUUUUAUUUGUAUAAAUGCAUCUAAUACAACAAAAGUUGUCUCUAGGCACUUUCCAGAGACCCAGAACAUGAUAAGUGAUGAUAAGUAAUAAGAGUCUUUAUUUGUCAUUGAGCCAGUGUCCUGAUACAACGAUAUACGAGUCCAGUACAGCCCAUCCAAGAGAACAGAAACACACCCAAACAAACGACAACAUAGGACAUAGACGGGUGUCUGGGGCUGUCAGCCAUGGUAGGCGCUGCCCUUAUCAUUAGCUGAGAAAGAAUGACACUGGAGAAGAGUCGAGGAAAAAAGACAUCCUCACACUGUGUAAAGAAGACACAGUAUGAUAUAUACCGUGUCAGAGCGAUAUGAGAUAUCUUAAAAGUUAUGAGAAGGAUAAAACAGAUCUUGUAUAUCUCUUAACUCUGCAGGAAAACAGUGAAGCAGGAUAAAACUAUAGUCUCAGUUUGGAGAAAUAAAUGACAUUCUUUGUAUCAAAGGGGAAAAGGAUUAAGAUGGCUGUCCAGGCUACUGGGAUGUCUGUAGGUUAAAGACCAACGUGAUGCUGUUGGUGAGAAGCCAACAGUUUCAUACAAAAAAUGACUAUGUCAAGUUAUUGCUGCUGAAGUUGGUUCUACGAGCCUCUGAAUCAUUGGUUGUACUAGUUUUUCAUUUUCUGCUUUUGCAUUUUGGUUUUACUUUAAAAUAAACAUUUUAAAUAAAAAAAAUGGCACUGUAAUAUGUUAAAUGUUGUUCAUCUGAAUGCUGUAUUUACCUAAAUUUAAAACCUGGUAAGGGCCAAGAAAACUUUUAUCAUGUACUGAAAUGUAAAACCAAUAAUUUUGGGAGGGACUGGUGAUAAUAUCAUUUUUAUAUGACUGGAAGCAGUAUCAUUUUGUGACUGCGUCAUCGAAGCUGGUUAAUAAAUCUUAAGGACACUCCAACAACCAGCUGAUCAUGCCUAUAAAGCAAAGUGCUACCGGUAAUUGUGAAAUUAAAAAAAAGUGAAAUUGUUUUUCUAAGUAUGCUGAUUAAAGACAACAUUUUUAUUGUACCUUCCA